GCGUUUAUUUGUGUUGGACCGUACGUACGUGACGGAUUCGGACUGCGUGAUGGUGGCGGAAGCGUUCGGGAAAGUAGCAUAACAUCGUUGUCGGGCAGUCGAUGCGCCAGCACGGUCGCAUGUGUAUAAUUAGUUGUAGUUAUUGUAGUCAAUUUUUUUUCUUUCCUCUUCGCGUUCCGUUCACAACCGUAGUGCGUGUCCGAUCGCAAUAAUAUCGUGUGUAUGGCUCGACAAUGUCGCCGCCACCCGUAGUCCGAUCGUAUUGAUGAGAGCAUCGCGAGAACCGCACACCCGCCCGUAUCCGUCCGUCACCGACGUCCUUUUAACUUCGUAGGCAGUGAGCUAGUUGGUUAGUGAGCGUGUGUGUGUACGCGCGCCAAGUUUCAUUACCAUCGAGUGUAGCUGUAGCUGUAAUAUUAUAAGUAGUGUUGUUGGUGGUGCCGUGCGUCCCGCAGACACGGCCAACAUGGAGUUACGAUUACACAGCCCCGUGGGUGCCGAUCCCGUCGUCUAUAAAUGGCCAAUGAUCAUCGGAAGAGGCUCGGACAAACACGAUGGCGCUUUGGGAAUUAUAGAAACAAUAAAAUGGGUGUGCGACGACUUCCCAGACAUGAAAAUUCCUCUAGAAAAUAACAUACUAUGCGACUACAACACGAAAUCAUAUGACAGCAUGAAGUCUUUGUGCGACAGGUUCAAUAAGGCUAUUGACAGCAUGGUGCAAAUGAAUAAAGGAACUUCUUUACAAAAGUUUAGUAAGAAAGCAUCAAGAGGUCUUCUUCGUCAUAUAAUACAACAAGUAUACAAUGUUUCUGUUACUGACCCUGAUAAACUGAAUCAGUAUGAACCAUUUUCACCUGAAGUGUAUGGAGAAACAUCAUUUGAUCUCAUCUGCCAAAUGAUCGAUCUAAUAAACAUCACAGAAGAUGAUAUAUUUAUUGAUCUUGGAUCUGGUGUGGGCCAAAUAGUUUUACAAAUGGCUGCUACAACUCAGUGUAAAAUGUGUUGGGGUGUUGAAAAAGCUGAUGUACCUUCAUCAUACUCACAAUAUAUGAAUUCUAAUUUUCAAAAAUGGAUGUCUUGGUAUGGUAAACACUAUGGCCAAUAUCAACUUCUGAAAGGAGAUUUUUUGAGUGAAGACCAUAGAGAAAAAAUAACUAAUGCCACAAUUGUAUUUGUGAAUAAUUAUGCAUUUGGACCUCAGGUAGACCAUAUGUUGAAACAAAGAUUUGCUGACCUCAAAGAUGGAGCCAGAAUUGUUUCUUCGAGAUCAUUUUGCCCCCUUAAUUUUCGAAUGUCCGAGCGUAAUUUAAGUGAUAUUGGAACUAUUAUGCAUGUGUCAGCAAUGGAACCUAUUACUGGUUCAGUUUCAUGGACUUGUAACCCUGUUAAGUAUUAUCUACAUGUUAUUGAUCGAACUAAGCUCGAGCGGUAUUUUACUCAAAAUAAGCCUCCCGUUUCAAAAUCAAGGGUCAAUGGAGAAAAACAAAAACCAAUAACAAAUCCUAAUGUUAUUAUUAGUUCAUCUGAUGAUACAGACUCAUUGUUUAGCACUUUAAAUGGUGAUAGUGUUGAUGGGAGUGUUACAGCUCAAGUAUUAGCAACUGAUAAAACUAAAAUAAAUAGUAAUGGACGACGUGCAUGGUCAGAUCUAGGUGGACAAAAUAGCGAGGAAGAAAAUGAAAAUAAUACAGAAAACCACAGUAGGACUACACGAAAAGUAAUGAAGCGUAAUACACCACGUCGCAGUCGUAGUUUUAAAAUCAACCCAACUGCAUUUCAUAACCGAUCUCAUUCUGAGACAACUGCCACUGAGAAAAAGAUAAUUGAAAAAAUUACAAAGGGAAAAAGAGUUAUUUCUACAACUCGUAAACCAAAAUCUAAGCGUAAAGCAUCUAAACGUAAUGUUAAAAUAUCAGCAUCACUGAAUUUGUUACAUAGUGAAACAGUUUUAAGUACAACUCCAGAAGUAUCCAUGAGUAUUAAAGAACCCCCAAAAGGUUGCAUUGAUCAUACUUUGACUUCAAUCACGGGAGUUGGUGCUGGAUAUGCAGCUACCCAUACUGAACUUCCUCCGCCAACUGGAGAUAUACCGUAUUCAUUACAAUUACUUCUGGACGAUUAUAAAGAAGGGUUCAUGAACAUGAUAAAUAUGUUUAAAAAUCAAAAAUUCCGUGAAGAUAUCGAAACACGAAUAAAAGCUGAAAAAGAGAAAAAACAAAAUUUAAACAUGAAAAUUAAUCAAAUCAAAAAACAAGUUGAUCAUUUAAUUACAGACAGUUGUUGUCUUUUAAAGACUCGAAUGAAAGAACUUGAUAUUUAUCCUACUAAUACGACAGGAGAUGUUUUGACUGCAGCUAAAGUAAUUGUAUUACGGCAUAAAGAUUUACAAGCUAAAGUAGCAAAGGUGAAAAAUGAAACUAAUUUAUUGGAAAAUCAAUAUUGGGACUUAUACUAUAAGAGAGCUGCUGAAGUUGAUGCUGUUGGUACUCCUAGUCUUUUAAUAGAAAACGAAAAUGAUAACCCAACAGAUCAAGAAAUAAACACACAACAUUUGUUAAUGACUGAACUUGUGAAAAAUCGAAAAAGAAAACAUACAUUGUCUACAAAUAUUGAAUCAGUCAAAAAUGAAAUUGAUAACUUGGAAAAACAAAAUACAUCAAAUAAAUUAAACAAUAAUGCUUUAACAAAUCAAAUGUGCAAUAGUAAAAAAUCAAGAAUCCGCUCACAAGAUUGGCCAGACGUACCUGAUAUAGCAAGAAUUGAUGAAAAGAACCCAGAAAUUCUGGCUCAAAAAAUAUUGGAAACUGGUAGACAAAUUGAAGCUAGAAAAAUAAUUGAAAAUGGUAGACAUGUUGAAUUAGCGACACGGUAUCAACGCUCAAAUAAAAUCUAUAAUAGAAAUUCAUCAGACACUUCGCUUAAAGUACCUUUCUACGAUGAACAUGUUAAAGAUCUCAUUACUAAUGCUUUAAAUGAGCCUUCAUCUAAAGGACCUGAUUAUACUAUUGUAUCACCUGCCAAAGUUGCAUUGCGUAGACAUUUAUCACAGGAAAAAAUUUCACCUAGUCCAUUGAUGAAGCAGCAAAAUGUCAUAACUAGAACAAUUGGUGAUGUGUUGAAUAAUGAAAUUGAAAGAUGUUUGGAAAUGGAUAGACAUAAUCGAACAUUAGAAAUUAGCAAUCAGUCCAUAAUUAAUGCGGUUGUACCACUCGCCAUGCCUAAUAGAACCAAAGACACCAGUCAAGUUAUUAACCAAACAUUGCCUUCAGAAAAACGUACAUUUAUGUACAUACCAUUACCUAAAGCAGAACUUAAACCAUAUCAAGAGUCAUUAUUCAAUGAUGAUACCCCUCCUCCUCAUUUAACCACUCUUAAAGAAGAACCUGUUGAAGGAUUGGCUGCAUCACUACACGAUAGAUUAUUGGAUAAUGAUGGAGAUGAUAGCAAUGGUGAUGAAGGCUUGUCAUUUAAAGAAGAAAAGACUGAAUCCGAUACACAAUCGCCACACAGAAUACUCAAACGCAGUUCUGAAUCACCUGGUCCAAUGAAUGCCAAAAAAAUGACACCCAUGUCUGACAGACUACCCUCAGAAGAAGAUGAAAAAUGGAAUGAUCGUAUUCGUGAAAGAUUUGAUAGCUUGGUGACAUUUGCAUCUUUAGAAUUGGAUAAACGACGUCGUAAUAGUUCAGAUGCUGCUGCUGCCAAUACUAGUCCAGAUAGUGGUAUUGGUCAUGGUGAUCCACCACCUGCCUUACAACCACCACCAUCACCUUCCCCUCCAUUUUCACCAGCUCCAUUAGACGGACCGUACAGCCCAGUGCCUGCUCCUACUGUUACUGCCCCAAAUAUACCAUUAAGGUAUCAACGUCAUACUAACCACAAAAAAAAAUCUUUUCGUGAUAAAUAUCGUUCUACUGGCCCUAAAGCCAAAACUUGGGCUGCUAAAUGGAUGGAUGACGAAAUUCAAAGCACAAACAAUUUUUUUUAAUCUCAUCACUGCCUUCAUACCGAGGCCCCCAUUAUUAUAUUAUAGUAUAGUAUGAUUAAUUAUAUUAAAUAAAAAAAUAAUUAAUUAUUAUAAUUUAAUGAUUAGAUUUUUAAAGUUGUAAAAAUGGGGGAAACUUAGACUUUUUCAGAUAUCUUUUUGUAAUCAAUUUUUCAAACUGCCACUCGUUAAAAGUGUUCAAAUUUAAAUUAUAAUAAUUUUUUUUUUUUUUUGUAUUGCAAUUUGCAGAAUUUUUUGUUCCUAAGUUAUUUUAUGGUUCUCCAUUUUUGUACAGAAUAUUGUAGUGAACUUUUCAACAAAUGUUAUUUAUUUCUUUUUAUAAUAUUAUUAAGGUAAUUGUGCUUGAAGUACAAAAUUAUGUUAUGUACUAAUACAAUAUUGUAAAUAUAUGUUGAAUAUGUAUUGUUUUGAUGGUA